CUGAUCUGCCUUCCCUCGCUCCCGACGGGAGUUGCUGCUACUGAGGCGGAGCUCGGCUCGGGCGCCUAUGGCGGCUGCCGCGGGGCGGGAGAGGGCAGUGGGGGGCGGGGGAGCGGGCGGGCCCCCACUUCCCCGCGGCCAGAGAGCAGAUGAUACAUUGGAUGAGGCAACGAGAAAAGAACUUUGCACAGACACUUUCUGUAAAGUGUGUGGGGCUGUCCUGCAGUUUGAAUCGCAAAGAGUUUCACAUUAUGAGGGCAAAAAGCAUGCUCAGAAAGUUCGACUGUAUUUACAAAUGCACAGUGAACAGGAGGAGGGACAAGAACCUGGAAAGCAGAAGAAGCAAUACAUCAAUUUCCAGAUGGACCCAAAUGUGGACAAAAACACAUACUGCAGUCUCUGCAACAUGAUCUUCACGUCCCCUAUUGUUGCUCAGUCACACUACCUGGGCAAAAUCCAUGCCAAGAAGCUGAAGCAGCUCUCAGCAGACCCGGCUCAGCAGCACCCUACCCAGAGCACGCAGCCAGAACCUGGUCACUCAGCUGUGCCAGAGUUGUGUCACGAGAGUACUUCACAGGAUGUUGAUUCAGAAGACCCGUCUUUGUCCUUUAGUGCUCCUUUUGAUUUAGAUAAUCCAGAGAAGUACUGCAAGCUUUGCUUGGCGCCCUUCAACAAUCCACUCAUGGCCCAUCAGCACUAUGUUGGCAAAAAGCACAAACGAAAUGAAGAACGUAAGAAGCUGAUGGCUGAGAUAGGGCCAGAGGCUAUCACCGGAGAAUCCAAGGCCAACACAGUUGGUGCUGGCAACUAUACUUGCCCCAUAUGUAGCAUCAGCCUUACAUCCAUAGAAAUGUACCAGUCUCACAUGAAGGGAAACAAGCAUCAUACGAAAGAAGCCAUGAUUGUUAGUCUGAUGAAGAACACCAAGUCAACAUACAAUUCCUUCCAGGAUGAAUUAGCAGAUUACAUUAAAGUGCAAAAAGCAAGAGGUUUGGAACCAAAAACUAAUUUCAGAACGCUAGAGGAGGAAUUUCAAAGGGAAGAGUUUGAAGCCUUAAGUGGUCAGGAGAAGACUGAAUUCAACCAGGAUCAAUUUUUGCAUGAUACGUAUGAACCAGAUCAGCAUUCCAUUUUUUCCACAAAAACGUAUGUUGAAAACACAUUGCCUUGUCGGUCACCAGCUCUUGCAAAUCCACGGAAAUUAGAGAAAGCACCGCUGUCUCAGUUGAGUACAGAACAUUGUUCAGAAAAGCAAGUGUCUCCAUUGACCACCUGUAAACGAGACGAUACGGACCGGUUAUCUGAUGAAGGACUUGUGUUUUCUGACAGGAGCCCCAACUAUUACAGGGGAAGUCAAGAGAUAAACAAAAACAAGAAAAAAUAUGCCAGAGAUGGAGAAAAGAACCUUUGCCAGCAACUUGCAAAGUGCAAAAGAAAGCGGUACCAUAAAGAAGAUGACAACUUGAGAAAGGACAGUGAGAAGCAAAAGCAAAGACAAGAUACUGCCGAUUCAGCCACUGAGGGAAAAUCAAAACACAGCAAAGACAAAGGAAAUAACGAGAGUUUUUCUGAAAAGGAGAGCAGAAAACACAAGAAGGAGAAAAAAAAAGCAAAAGUCAGUGGACCAACAGAGGAGGAGAUACUAUGGAAUGAAUCAAUCCUAGGAUUCUGAACUUUCUCUAAUGGAAUUUGUGUUCAUUUAUAGCCUGAAUUAAGGUGUAUUUCUGUGUUUCAAUUACUGAUUAUUUUUAAUUGGUCCAGAAAUAAGAGAUCUCUCAUAUUCAUCACUCAUUAAUAAAAGCAUCAGGCAAGAAUUUGAAUUGAAAUACUGUGUAGUAUGUGCUUUACAAAGCCAGUAAUUUACAAUGCUUCUCCUUGGAAUGCCACAAAGCACAUUGCAAAGUUAGAAUUUCACAUUGUUUUUAAAAGUGUAAGAUGCAUAGAUACAUGCAGUAUCUCUAGUCAUGGAAAGCAUUAAAAAUUAUUUUGAAUGGAGGGAGUGGUUCAGGUGUCUUCUAGUUCUUGUAUGCAAUUUUUUCCCAUUCCGUUCUGACAAUGAAAAAUGAGAUAUAAAUAAAAACGAAGUUAUUGUUCAGAUGGAUCAA